UCUGGCAUGAGAGUGUGGAAGCAUCCAUAAGCAUGGCACUACUUUAUGUUUUUUCUAUGAGGUUCAGACCCAUUAACAGACAGUUAUCAUUAUGGACAUGGAAAUCAAGAAUCCAUAGGAGUGCCAGCAUCACUGGAUAUGUAGAAAAUCCUCAGGCUUUCCAUGGAAAUGUAUUUGCACAUUUGUCUUCUAAAUACAAGAAUCCACUGGUACUAAGCCAACAUAUGUUCUGUUCAUCUGCUUCUGACAAUAAGACCGAUGUGAAGAAAUUUAAUUUGAUAUACAAGUUUCCUGGAAUACGCAUGUGCAAAAUUCUGUCCAGACUGAAGUUGCUGCAGACAUUGUUGACUCUUACAGUCCUUCCACCACUUUAUUAUUAUUAUUUACAAGGGCAAGUUGCAGAGUUUACCGUUUUUCAUUUCACUGGAAUAGCGGUGUUUGCUGGUGUUAUGCUCUAUAGCCUUACAUAUUAUUUACAGAGAAUUAUAGGGAUGAUUUAUAUAAACCAAGAAGCAACAACUCUGAAGAUUUCCCACUUGACAUUUUGGGGUGAAAGAAAAGAUAUUUAUUUACCAAUUGAAGAUGUGAAAACACUGUCAGAAACUGGAGACCAAAAAGGGGAAGUUCUCCAUAAGUUCAGAAGAUACAGCAGUCUUGAUGUACUUUACUUAACCAUACGCUUUGGUCAGAUUCUGGAUAAAGAAAAGUUUACUUUUAUAUUUGGAGACAUAAAAUAAU